GUGCUGUCAAGCUCUCGAUCGCGCGAGUAAGACAGCUGCUUUGGAGGUGGUUUUCAUUGUUUGUGCAUGAUUUUUUUUUUUUUACAGUAUACUUUGGCUGGUAUUGGAGACUGACUUCUUCCCCUCAGUGUCAGAUGACAAGAAAGGCUUAUAGGUGAACAUCGUCACAAAUCUAUAUCCACCUCUAACAAUGGCACCCAAGCGAUUUAACUGGAGACAGCUGCUCACAGCAGAACCUGUGGUAUUCUUCUACGCAUAUGGACUCUUCAUGCAUUUGCCCGUCAUUCAACAGUAUAUCUACUUCAGGAUUGCUAAAAAUAAGGGAUUUCCUUACGACACAACUGCAUCUAACAGCUGUGGUAAUGAAACAGCAUUAAAUGCGACUAUGAAAGGGUUAGAGAAACAGGUUCAAUCACUGUCAUCAUACAUCCAUCUUGGGGUGGUCCUUUUCUCUUCCCUUCCAUCUCUCUUUACUUCACUGUUCAUUGGAAGCUGGACUGACUCAAGAGGAAGAAAACCAGCCCUUUUGUUGCCAGCCAUAGGGAGUUCAAUAGAGGCAGGGUUGACAAUAUUGGUGAUGUAUUUAGAAUUACCAGUUUAUGUUCUGUUUGUUGGUGGAGCAAUCAAUGGACUUUGUGGAUAUUUUACUACUCUUAUUAUGGGUCUUAUGGCAUAUAUUGCAGAUACCACUGAUGAAUCUGAUAGGCCUUUACGUUUAGCCAUCAUGGAGCUCCUGACAUUUUUGGGAGGGAUGGUCAGUCAACUAACUAGUGGCGUAUGGAUCGAGAACCAUGGAUUCAUCACGCCAUACUGGUUUAUCUUGGCUUGUCUUCUAUUCUCUGUCCUCUACACAGUCUUCUUCCUCCCUGAAUCAAGACCUCCAAGUGACGUCACAGAAAAAACCAGUCUCGGCAGUUGCCAAAGCAUCAAAAGAAUUUUGGCUGUUUAUAAAGCUCCCAGGGAAGGGGGUCGAUUCAACCUUAUUCUUUUAACCCUAAGCAGUGCUUUUUCGCAAAUCGCCACCCAAGGAAGCACUGGUAUCGUCACACUCUUCGUUCUUCAUACUCCACUGUGUUUCUCUCCCGAAUUUGUUGGAUAUAUUGCAGCGUUAAGAAGUCUUUGUAUUGGAAUUGGAGCCAUACUUGGGAUUAAACUUCUUGGGAUAUGGCUGACUGAACUUAGUAUAUCAAGGAUUGGAAUUGUUUCCAGUAUAGGGGGCUUGGUGACAUUUGGCCUAUCGAAAACAACAUUUCUUGUCUUCACGGCUCCAGUUGUCGGCCUGUUUGGUGGCUGUGUGGUCCCUAUCUUUAGGGCAAUGAUGUCAAGGAUUGUCAGCAAAGACGAACAAGGUGCCCUUUUCUCAGCUGUGGCCUCAUUCGAGACACUCUGCAAUUUCAUUGGUGCUUUCAUAUUCAACUCUCUCUAUCCAGCCUCCCUAAAAUUUGAUUUUCCGGGAUUUGUCUUUUUUGUUGGAGCUAUCAUAUGUCUGCUGCCAUUUUGUUUCACCUGCUGUCUUAAGAAUCCCAUGGUUCUUCUCUCCAAGAAAGAUCGCGUGCAGGUUGUUGGCAACUACGACGUAAUACCGGACGACAAUCUUAACGAUCCCGUAAAAAGUUUAGAUAGCUGUAAUACAGAAGGAACGACCAUAGUCUCUCCAGAAUCAAAAGGUAGUGUUAGUAGGUACAACACUGAGCCACAAGCAUAAAACGUAGUAUUGAAGCUUUAUUUCGAAUUAUUUGGAUUUUAAUUUUUGAUUUAUAAAAGUAUAGACAAUGAUGCUUUUCCUAGCGCGCUACCUUGGCGUAUAGUUUGCUGCAUUCUAUGGUCCUUAUAGAGAGUAUCACACGUUAAGAGCUAGAUAUCGUUUCGAUUCACGAGUUUUCCUAUCAUAUUCCAAAGUGAGUCCGCGAGCGAUU